AAUGCCUCAGUCUCGCUUGUUUGACCGUGAGCAGUGCAAGUAUUGUGGUGGUCAACAGUGUUAAAACGCCUCUGGAUUACGACGGUCAAUAACGAUGCCUGCACCAACUGACGCCGUGUCAACAGGCGAGGCCGCGCUCCUGCGCAAAGCGAGCGACAUAUUCGUCGCCACAUUCAAACGGAGCCCCACCGCUGCCGCCGCCGCGCCGGGCCGCGUUAACCUUAUAGGGGACCAUGUGGAUUACUGCGGAGGAUAUGUUCUGCCUGUGGCGUUGCCGUUCCUAACAGUUGUGGUUGGUGCCAACAACGACACGUCGUCGUGCCGCGUCGUGUCGAUGCUCGACUCUGGGCGUAAGGAGGCGACGUUCCCUACGCCCAGCUCUGGUCAGCUGAAGCCCGGGGAACCAGCUUGGGCUAAUUAUGUUAAGGGCGUCGUGGCUAACUUCCCUGGUGCCGUAAAAGGUUUUGACGCCGUGAUCGUCUCGGACCUGCCGAUGGGCGCUGGCCUCUCAAGUAGUGCCUCUGUUGAGGUCGCCACUUACACCUUAUUAGAAGCUUUGACGGGAAUUAAUACCGACCCAGUGAUGAAGGCCCAGCUGUGUCAGAAGGCCGAGCACGAGUUCCCAGGGAUGCCGUGCGGCAUCAUGGACCAGUACGUCGUCACGAUGGCGAAGAAAGACCACGCCCUUUUCAUUGAUUGUCGGUCCCUCGAAAGCACCCAAGUGCCCAUCACGUGCAGCGACACCGUCAUCCUCGUGAUCAACUCUAAUGUGAAACACCAGCUGACCGGCAGCGAAUAUCCCCAACGCCGUGCGCAGUGUCAGAAAGCUGCCGAGUUACUAGGCUUCCCUUCGCUAAGAAACGCUACUAGAGAACACGUUGAAGAUCUGAGACGAAAGAAAUGCGACGUAGAUGUGAUAAAGCGGGCGCAGCACGUUGUCGAAGAGAUACGCCGCACCGAGGAGUGCGCCAAGACCUUGCGGGUUGGAGACUUGGAGCGUGUCGGUGAGCUGUUUUACGAGUCUCACGAGACGUUACGCAAGCUGAUGGAGGUGUCUUGCCCGGAGCUCGAUCAGCUGGUUGCCAUAGCCAAGACGGUUGACGGCGUCUACGGUGCCAGGAUGACGGGCGGCGGGUUUGGUGGCUCGGCGGUUGUCCUUGUAAAAAAGGCCGCGGUAGAACAACUCAAAAAUCGUAUUCUGAGUGAAUACAAAGGAAAGCCAACAUUCUUAGUGGCUGUGCCUAGCGAUGGCGCGAGGAAACUGAACAUUUAACAUUAAUAAAACAAC